UAUAAUGUUAGAGAAACCUCCAUCGAUGUUUGUAUGUGGCCAUUUGGUUUGGAAGGUGAAGAGGGGUUAGCGAGGUACUGCAUCGCGCGAAGCGAAGAUGAUGAUAGAUUUGGGUCCGUUCUCGAACGAGAACUUCGAUCCCAAGAAAUGGAUCAACUCAGCGAGUCAAACUCGCCACCCUCAGGAAUCGUUGGAUAAACACCUCGUCGAUCUUGAGAUGAAGCUCCAGAUGCUCUCUGAGGAAAUCGCCUCCUCUCUCGAGGACCAAAGCUCCUCCGCUCUCCUCCGCGUCCCCCGCGCCACUCGCGAUGUCAUCCGCCUCCGCGACGACGCCGUUUCUCUCCGCUCCGCCGUCUCCGCCAUCCUCCUUAAGCUCAAGAAGGCAGAGGGUUCAUCAGCUGAAUCUAUAGCGGCACUUGCGAAAGUAGAUGUUGUCAAGCAAAGGAUGGAAACUGCUUAUGAAACGUUGCAGGAUGCUGCUGGAUUAACUCAAUUGAGUUCGACGGUGGAAGAUGUGUUUGCUAGUGGUGAUCUCCCUCGCGCGGCGGAAACUCUGGCUAACAUGAGGCAUUGUUUGUCUGCGGUCGGGGAGGUGGCUGAAUUUGCCAACAUAAGAAAGCAACUUGAAGUCUUGGAGGAUAGGCUAGACAUGAUGGUGCAGCCUCGUCUUACAGAUGCAUUAUCCAAUCGCAAGGUUGAUGCUGCUCAAGAUUUGCGAGGAAUUCUCAUAAGAAUUGGAAGGUUUAAGUCUCUGGAAUCACAAUAUGCAAAGGUUCAUCUGAAACCAAUAAAGCAGCUUUGGGAAGAUUUUGUGUCAAGGCAACGAGCUAAUAAGUCUGCAAAUGAGAAGAACGAAAUGGAGAGGAUAUCAAGUGGCGGUGAUUUUCAUUCAGCUUCACCUACAAUAUCAUUUUCCAGUUGGUUACCAAACUUUUAUGACGAGCUACUACUCUAUCUUGAACAAGAAUGGAAAUGGUGUAUGGUUGCUUUUCCUGAAGAUUAUAAAACUCUAGUCCCAAGGCUACUAAGUGAGACCAUGGUGGCUAUAGGUUCCAGUUUCAUAUCGCAUAUCAACCUUGCCAUUGGAGAGGCUGUUCCAGAAACAAAAGCACUGGCUAAAGGUAUAUUUGAUAUUUUAUCUGGAGAUAUGCAAAAGGGUAUUAAGAUUCAGACAAAGCAUCUGGAGGUCUUGAUCGAAUUACACAAUAUGACGGGGACCUUUGCUAGGAAUAUUCAGCACUUAUUUUCUGGUUCUGAUGUACGGGUUUUAAUGGAUGUGCUGAAAGCUGUAUACAUGCCAUAUGAAUCAUUUAAACAGAGGUACGGACAAAUGGAGCGUGCCAUUCUCUCCUCUGAAAUUGCGGGAGUAGAUUUAAGAGGAGCUGUAAUUAGAGGGGUGGGAGCCCAAGGAGUUGAACUCAGUGAAACGGUUCGCAGAAUGGAGGAGUCUAUUCCCCAAGUUAUCAUACUUCUUGAAGCAGCUGCAGAGAGAUGCAUCAGCUUCACUGGAGGUUCUGAGGCUGAUGAGCUAAUUCUUGCCCUUGAUGACAUAAUGUUACAAUAUAUUUCCACUUUGCAAGAAACUCUCAAGUCAUUAAGAACUGUCUGCGGUGUGGAUUAUGGUGGUGAUACUGUAAAGAAGGAGAUGGAAAAGAAGGACGGACACCAAAAUGCUCGAAGAGUUGAUUUGAGCUCAAGUGAGGAGGAAUGGUCCAUGGUCCAGGGGGCAUUGCAGAUCCUUACCGUUGCAGAUAGUUUGACAAGCAGAUCUUCUGUCUUUGAAGCAUCUUUAAGAGCUACUCUCGCUAGAUUGAGCACAACUCUAUCCUUCUCAGUAUUUGGUUCAAGUUUAGACCAAAACCAAACUAUAAAUGAUAAUGAAGAUGGGGACCUGUCGGUUGGUGGAAGGGCUGCCUUGGAUUUGGCAACACUGCGGCUGGUUGAUGUGCCUGAGAAAGCCAGGAAGCUUUUUAACCUUUUGAAUCAGUCUAAAGAUCCCCGAUUUCAUGCACUCCCCAUUGCAUCUCAAAGAGUUGCGGCGUUUGCAGACACAGUUAAUGAACUUGUAUAUGAUGUCCUCAUAUCUAAAGUACGACAACGUCUUAGUGAUGUGUCUCGUUUACCAAUUUGGACAUCAGUUGAAGAACAAAGUGCUUUCCCUCUCCCUACCUUCAGUGCAUACCCACAGUCCUAUGUGACUAGUGUUGGUGAAUAUCUUCUUACUUUACCCCAACAAUUGGAGCCACUUGCAGAGGGAAUUAACAGUGAAACCAAUGAUGAAGCGCAGUUCUUUGCAACUGAAUGGAUGUUCAAGGUUGCAGAGGGAGCAACAGCACUUUACAUAGAGCAAUUGCGAGGGAUUCAGAACAUUUCAGAUCGUGGAGCGCAGCAGCUGUCUGUGGAUAUUGAGUAUCUCAGUAAUGUGCUUUCCGCUCUGUCAAUGCCAAUUCCUCCAGUUCUAGCUACAUUUCAAACUUGUCUUUCUACAUCAAGAGACCAGCUAAAAGAUCUUUUGAAGACAGAUUCAGGAAACCAACUUGAUCUACCAACAGCAAACCUUGUGUGUAAGAUGCGGCGAGUGAAUUUAGAUUCAUGAAUGUUCCUUCCUAUCUUCAAGCAAUUGAGCAUUUCCAUCUUCUUCUCCUUUCUAGACAUAUUUUUGUCUUGCAUAGGGCAUUCUUUUACAUCGGCAACACCUACUUGUAAUUUUUUUUUUGGAGUGAAUGUAAGUUCUUGCAUAUCAAAUUUGUAAUAGUUUCAGAACGCAUGCAAUCUGCAUAAUAGCUAUAUAUUGUAAAAGAGGAAGAUUAGUAGCAUAACAAUGACUUGAAAGAUCUGAAUAAUAACAAUAAUCUUAUUUAGUAUUUACAAUAUAAAA